AUGCAAUACAGAUCGGCAGACAGAAAGCAUCAUACCAGACUCCUAAACACUUUCUACCCUGAAGUUCCUCGCUUGCAAAUGGCUUCCAACAUCUACCAGCAGCAUCAGAAAAACAUCCUAGCAACGACCAUAUCAUCAGCUUCGACAGCCACGUUUGGUUCUGCCAGUGUUAUCUAUCCAAUGGAAACAACCCCAGCAACAAACAACCAUCGAUACAGGUAUAUCACAGCUGCAGGAGCCAGAAACAGAACCGGCACCAUUAGAAGCACCACCAAGGAGCAUUUUGAUGGUCUUCCGCUAAGAGGCGUGCCAAACGGUGCUGUAAAGUGUGCAAGUCAUCCAAAUGUAGUGGCAAAAACUAUCGUGCUGGAUGUCCCCAGAACAGUUAGCAAAUCAAGUAUCAUUGAGUAG